AGGAUUGGGCUCAAGCGCUUCGGCCUUUUUUUCCCAUGGGCCUGGACUGUAGCAAGCCAGCACCAGAGAUGUUGAAAACCUACGGCGCGCACUACAACAAGAAUGUGAUGUUCCUGUGCAACCACAACUCCUGCCGGUCCCAGAUGGCGGACGCCUGGCUGCGGCAGCUGCGCGGCAGCGCCUCCGUGGGGGUGGCCUCUGCUGGGAUUGUGGGAGGCACCGCGGUGAAGGAGGGCGCCAUUGCGGUGAUGAAGGAGGCGGGCAUCGACAUCUCCGAGUUCAGCUCCGACGCCAUGGCGGACUUCAAGCCGGAGGACUUCGAUGUGGUGAUUUCGUGCUGUGGUUGUGGCAGCAAGCUGGAUGGAGACAAGGAAGCCUGGAAGCAGCGCGCCGUUUUCCAGGACUGGAACUUGGAUGAUCCGCCGGCCAUCGACCCUGGUGACCUCUCUGCCUACCGCAGGGUGAGGGAUGAAACCAAGGCCAAGUGUCAAGAGCUUCUUGCGAGCCUGUCUUAGGCUGAAAUGCGUGAAACCCUUCAUUUUGUCCACCACGCUGCUUUUGCAAUGAGCAAAGUCCAAUUCUCUUGUGUCUGACUCCUGCCUGAGGCAGGGUAAAGACUGGGGAGUGGCGAUGGAAACCCACGUGGUCAUCGCCCUCCCGGAUUCCAAUUGUUCGAGGUACAUCUUGCCCUGCAUGCGUUCCUUCGGGAGACAACGAUAAACGGAGCAAGAGCAACAAAAUACAAACAUAGCGAAAAAGCAAGGCAAAGAACUAUCAUAUGCUU